AUGGAGACAAUUGUUGUUUUCAAAACCACUACUUCCGCAAUGCUCUCAAUUUCUCUGUAUCUAGUUAUAACGGAGGUCACCACAACCAACGGGAUGGGUACAACGCCAAUCAAGACUACCACAGGUGGUUCAAUGAAACCCACCGAUGGAGCUACAAAAGCCGUGAUCAAAUUCCCUAUCACCUUUCUCAUUGUUAUCAUCAUUUUUUUACCGGAGGUCACCACAACCAACGGGAUGGGUACAACGCUGAUCAAGACUACCACAGGUGGUUCAAUGAAACCCACCGAUGGAGCUACAAAAGCCGUGAUCAAAUUCCCCAUCACCUUUCUCGUUGCUAUCUUCAUUUGUGAGUUGUUAGUUCCUUUUAGUUAA